UUAUUUAUGCAGCCAUUUCAUCGAGCAGUUGGUGUACGUGGGGAGAAGAGGCGAUGAUGAAGAGCAAGGCAGCGGCUUUAACCGUCGCCGAGAGAUGCAGAAGUAUUUUGGGCGCGAAUUCCCAAGCUCACCUCAACACCAUCAAAGCCGACUCCAAAGGGGGUUUGGUGAUUUGUAGCAAGAGUGAGAUUCACACUUCGAAGGUGCACUAUAUUUUCAAGAGGGGAAAGCCUUACCUCUGGGUUCAUGAAGGAGACUUGCAUAAUACGAACAUAAUCAUUGAUGAGCGAGGUUCUCUUUCUGUCAGCAAUGUCGUUCCAGGUCCACUUAUGGGUUUGCUCAAAUCUAUAAGAAAGCUGCCAGCUCGUGUUGCUUUAGCGGGUGAUGUUAUACCUCUUAAAGAUGAUAAGGUUCAGAUGGUUACAGAAAACCUGCGAGAAUCUAUACUCUCAGAGUAUGAAAAAGCCACCCAAGCCAGUUAUGCAGUUACUGCACUACUAAGCUCUGCCAGUGCUAAUUGCAGAUCAAGAUGUGAAAUCUUACAAGAAAUACUUGGGAAAAGUGAAAAUUACGCUGUUUAUAAAUUUAACAUCAGAUCAUGCACUUAUGUGGACGGCAGUGGGCACUCUCAUGAUUUGGAGUUGCAGAAUGUCGAUGCACCAAAAGCAGAACAACUAUUGUCAUUUUCUGCAAAGCUAAUUGAUGGGAUCAACCAAAGUCAAGCAAGACGCAGGGCACUGAUGCUUUUCUGUUUCGAAGAGUAUAAUGCGACUGUGAGGGAUGCUUUGAUGCUCUCUAUUGAUCGAAAAGGAUUUGAUGUCCUCGGGAAGGUUGCUCAACAAGCAACAAACAAUGACGGCCUCAGCACGAUGCAGUACACAUGGAAGGAGUUCAGGUUCAGUUUUGAAGAACAAGCAAGUGAUCUAGAAGCUUUCUGCAGUCGUCUGAUCGAAUUAGAAGAAAAAACUCUUCAAAGUGUCAAAAGCUAUAGCGGCCUUGGUUGAGGAAAAAACUCCUUUAAAAAUGAAGGCAAAGGUUGUUCAUUGUCUGUCAAAGAGACUUAGCUGCAGGAUAUAUGAUCAUGAACUUGAUAAUAUGGAGGAUCAUUUAGUGCAACAAUGCGUUUGCUUUACUGGAGAGGGUUUUGUACGAGAUUUGUACCUUUGCAAAGUAGAUUUUGUUUUUCUGUCGUUAGGAGUUUAACCGCGAGUAUCUAAAGCAUGAAUACUCCCACUUCAAAAUUUUGAAACUAUUGGACCUAUUUUAUAU